CUCCCUCGUCGAAGACUUUUCCACCUCAACUCUGCUCUGUGCUUCUUCUCCUCCUUUUCCUUGAAUUUUCCUCUCUAUUUGUUGCUGUUGCUGUUGUCGUUGUUUACUACUCCUACUAUUAUUGGUUGGGCGUUUCUCUUUGUUUAUUUAUUUUAACACUACUUUGAACGCUUCAAUGUUUGAUUCUCCAUCUCUUCGUCUCUCUCCCUGUUGAAGCUUUCCUCCUCGUUGUUAUUCGUCAUCUUCAACGCUUUCUUGUUGGGCAAUCUCUGUGUCUGAUCCCAAAUUCCGGAAUAUUUUGUGUGCUCGUCGUAUAACCAGACAGGUUGUGAGUUUUAAAGCCUUUGUGGAUAAUAAGAUACUUGGGCAUUCCUCAUGAGCAAUCUGAAGGUAGCAGUGGAUGUUGUAGGGGCAUACAACCUCAUCCCCAAAGACGGGCAGGGCUCAUCCAACGCCUACGUGGAGCUCGAAUUCGAUGAUCAGAAAUUUCGCACGACAGUGAAAGACAAGGAUCUGAAUCCUCACUGGAAUGAAACAUUCUAUUUCAAUGUAUCCGACACCGGCAACCUGCCUAACUGCACGCUCGAGGCUCACGUCUACAGCAUUAAUAAAAUCACAAGCUCGAAGUCAUCUCUUGGAAAAGUUCGGUUAAGUGGUGCCUCAAUUGUUCCCUACUCGGAUGCUGUUGUGUUUAACUAUCCUCUGGAGAAAGGAAGUCUGUUUUCGCGCGCCAAAGGGGAGCUCGGUCUGAAAGUAUACAGAACUGAUGCACCUUAUCUCAACUCCUCAGCUCCUCCCCCUGAUAUGGCUGCUUCAUCCUCGUACGCCUAUUCUCAGAACAUGGAUGAGUCUGCCCCGGAUGUUGUCCCUAGUCGGAAAAAGGGGUCGAGGCGCACAUUCUUCAGCGUUGGAAAAUCGAGCAACUCACAACAAGAGGCUUCUUUUGUUCCUUCCAACCAACCAUUUGCAUCGGCGAUGAGUUCUGAACCUCAGGCAUCUCAGAUGUUCCGGUCGUAUGUAGGUCCAUCGAUGAAUGACUUUACACUUAGAGAAACAAGCCCUUUCCUCGGAGGGGGUCAGGUUGUCGGAGGACGAGUAAGGCGAUCUGAGAAGCAGCCGACCAUUUAUGAUCUUGUUGAACCGAUGCAGUUCCUGUUUGUUCGUGUUGUCAAAGCUCGCGACCUUCCUUGGAAGGAUGUCACCGGGAGUCUCGACCCAUAUGUUGAAGUCCGGCUCGGGAACUACAAAGGCAUAACGCAGCACUUCGAGAAGACGCAAAAUCCAGAGUGGAACACUGUCUUCACCUUCUCUAAGGAAAGAAUUCAGUCAUCUGUUCUUGAAGUAGUUGUCAAAGAUAAGGACAUGAUUAAGGAUGAGUUUGCCGGUCUUGUUCGAAUCGAUCUCCACGAGAUUCCCACAAGGGUUCCUCCGGAUAGUCCUUUGGCACCGGAGUGGCAUCGUCUUGAGGACAAGAAGGGUGAGAAGAAGAGAGGCGAACUGAUGCUGGCUGUCUGGAUCGGUACACAGGCGGACGAGGCAUUUGCGGAUGCAUGGCAUUCGGAUGCAGCGAGCCUCGUCGACAGCUCGAUCCCUCCAACGCACAUCCGUUCGAAAGUCUACCAUAGCCCGAGGCUGUGGUACGUCCGAGUCAAUGUGAUCGAGGCGCAAGACUUGGUUCCGACUGAGAAACACCGAGUUCCGAAUGUCCAUGUCAAGGUGCAGCUUGGGAGCCAAGUUUUGAAGACAAAGCCAUUGCAGUCUCAGACGAUGAACGCUUUAUGGAAUGAAGAUCUAAUGUUUGUAGCUGCCGAACCUUUCGAAGACCAUCUGAUACUGACUGUCGAAGAUCGCGUUGCCCCGAACAAAGACGAGGCUCUCGGAAAAGUAUUCAUACCGUUGACAAUGGUCGACAGGCGUGCUGAUGACCGGAUCGUCCCCUCGAGAUGGUUUAACCUGCAAAAGCCUAAUGCGACGGAUGUCGAGGAACCGAAGAAGGACAAAGACAGAGACAAGUUCGCUAGUCGUGUCCAUCUCCGUGUCUGCCUCGACGGAGGUUACCAUGUCCUCGACGAAUCUACCUAUUAUAGCAGUGAUCUCAGGCCGUCUGCAAAGCAGCUGUGGAAGCCACAGAUAGGUGUUCUUGAGCUUGGAAUUUUAAAUGCAGACGCUCUUACGCCGAUGAAGCCAAGAAAUGGCCGGGGAACUUCGGAUACUUACUGCGUCGCCAAGUACGGACAGAAAUGGGUUCGAACAAGAACCAUAACCGAUAGCUUGAAUCCUAAGUACAAUGAGCAGUACACUUGGGAAGUGUUUGAUCCAGCCACUGUUCUUACAGUUGGAGUUUUCGACAAUGGCCAGAUCGGCGAGAAAACUCCGAACGGCCAUAAAGACGUGAAGAUUGGGAAGGUCCGGAUCCGCAUCUCAACCCUCGAAACGGGCAGAGUUUACACUCAUUCGUACCCGCUGCUCGUGCUUCAUCCUUCCGGCGUAAAGAAAAUGGGAGAGCUGCAUUUGGCGAUACGCUUCUCCUGCACGUCGAUGGUGAACAUGAUGUCCUUGUACUCGAAGCCGCUCUUGCCAAAAAUGCACUACAAGCUGCCAUUGACGAUGGUGCAGCUCGACCAGCUGCGAUUCCAAGCUGUUAACAUCGUUGCCGCGAGACUGAACAGGGCAGAGCCUCCUCUGAGAAAAGAAGUCGUCGAAUACAUGUGCGACGCAGAUUCGCAUCUCUGGAGCAUGCGGCGCAGCAAGGCGAACUUUCUCCGGCUGAUGUCCGUCUUCAAUGGCGCAUUCGCCGCCGGGAAGUGGUUCAAAGAAGUGUGCAUGUGGAAGAACCCUGUGACAACAGUUCUGGUCCAUGCCCUCUUCAUCAUGCUCAUCUGCUUCCCGGAGCUGAUCCUCCCGACGCUCUUCCUUUACAUGUUUCUGAUCGGGCUGUGGAACUACCGGUAUCGCCCGAGGUUCCCUCCUCACAUGAACACGCGGCUGUCCUGCGCCGACACUGUGCACCCUGACGAGCUCGAUGAGGAAUUCGACACGUUUCCCACCAGUCGGAGCAUGGAUCUCGUCCGAAUGAGGUAUGAUCGUCUACGAAGCGUAGCCGGUCGAAUCCAGAUGGUGGUAGGGGACAUAGCUUCACAGGGGGAGAGGGUUCAGGCCUUGCUGAGCUGGCGCGACCCGCGCGCGACCGUUAUAUUCAUGGCGUUCUGCGUCGUGGCUGCCGCCGUUCUCUAUUCGGUGCCUUUCCAGCUGUUCAUCGUCAUGGCCGGACUGUAUGCGAUGAGACACCCCAAAUUCCGGCAUAAGUUGCCCCCGGCUCCGCUCAACUUCUUCCGGCGGCUCCCUGCGCGAACUGAUAGCAUGCUGUGAGUUACCAUGUCAAAAGAUUGUACACUUUAUCGACACUUGUGUGUAGUAUUUGAUCAUGAUUUGAAUAUUGCCUCUGUAUGUAAGAUUCGAACAAGAAUGUUGCUUCAUGACAUCUAUUGUACAAAAGAACAAGUCUUCUUUGAUAUUCGAUUUUGAGAAAUUGAGUUCAACAAUAUUACAUUA